UUCGAGCACUUUUGCACUGCCCGAGGGCCUGGGGUCAGUAGGGGGCCCCAUAAAAUGCCCCUGGUACCUUUUACAGGCUUUUUUGGGUGUGCUUUCAGUGUGAGCAAGGACACAGGGGCCCCAUGAUCCCCUAUUGCCCGGGGGCCCCAUGACUUGUCAGUCCGCCACUGUCUGAGCUACAACAUAAUCAUACACGUGAAUGUACUCUGUGUGGUGUAGGAUUAUACUAGUCCAUAGGUUCAAAAAUAUCCAUGGCAGCUCCUCAAUGAGACUGAAUAACACUCA